GCAGCCCUUUCCGCCCCAUACCCGUCCUCUCUUUCCUUCGGCACUCCUAACCAUGCGCCUUCAGCUAGUGUUUGAGAAGAAGACCCUUGUUUAAUUGUUUGUUUCUCUCCUUUUUUUGGUUCCUGCCCCUCGCUUGUAGAGGGCUUCAGUGAGUUUGUUUGAGAGAGAGAUGAUGACGAAGAAAACGAUGGUGGAGGAGGAGGGGAGGAAGAGGGAGGGGGAGGGGCGAAGCGCAGUGAGGACGGCGGAGACGGUGCUGAGGGUAGUGCCCAUGGGGCUGUGCCUGGCGGCGCUGGUGCUCAUGCUCAAGAACGCCCAGGUCAACGACUUCGGCUCCGUCUCCUAUGCCGACCUCACCCCCUUCAGGUACCUGGUGUAUGCCAAUGGCUUCUGUGCCGGCUACUCCCUGUUAUCCGCCUCCUACACGGCCAUGCCACGACCGAACACCUUGUCUCGUUCAUGGGUCCUAUUCUUCUUUGAUCAGGUGUUCACGUAUGUGAUCCUCGCCGCGGGGACGGUGUCGGCAGAGCUGACGUACCUGGCUUACAAUGGCGACGAGGCGGUGACAUGGAGCAAGCAGUGCGGCGUCUUCAACAGCUUCUGCCGGAGGGCGACGGCUUCCAUCGGCAUCACCUUUGGGGCGGUGGCCUGCUACGCUGUGCUCUCUCUGCUCUCCUCCUAUCGUCUCUUCAGCACCUACGAAGCCCCCCUCUCCUUCGUCGGCAAAAGUGGCCGGGAGAGCUCUGCCUUCCCCCGCUGAUGUGAUACAGGUGGCCUCCUCUUGGCAGCAUGAUAUGCGAGCAGAGGAUGCCAGGAUAUUGUGUGUGUGUGGAAAUCAAGACUUAGAGGCAGAGGCGUAGAACAAGGAUGCAGUGCUUUCGUAAAUAAAGUUUGAUGGUCACUCUUGCAGCUGUAACUUGUAUUCCUAUAUAUAUAUAUAUAUAAACUCCUUCAGCUCAGCUUUAUUA